AUGGCGGCGCCAUCGAGGACUUUGGUGCUGCGACACGCCCAACUGCUCUCCUCCUCUUCGGCACGGCUGUUUCCCAGCACAGCUCAAUCACUACGCCUCCUCCGACCUGCUCCGUCCACAUCCUCGAGAGCUUUACUGCCAGCAUCGUGGGCAGCUACCACUCGAUUCGCGCCUUUCUCGACAUCUCUCACGCGGAAGAUUCUACCACCCGGCCCUCAAGUCAUCCAAGGCGGAGUCAAUGAUCCAGCCCCCGUCCCCAAGCCCAAUCCUCUCCACGGAAGCUAUCACUGGACAUUUGAGAGAGCGUUGUCGGUCGCGCUGAUUCCCCUGACCAUCACGCCUUUUGCUGCGGGAGCCGUCAAUCCGGCGCUCGAUGCAGCUUUGAUCUUCACCAUCAUCGUGCACUCGCACAUGGGCUUUCAAUCCGUGGUCAUUGACUAUAUCCCCGUUCACCAACAUCCCACUGCUCGGAAAGUAUUCGGCUGGCUCUUGAAUCUGGCUACAGUGGUUGUGGCCAUUGGGUUUUACGAGUUUGAGACCAACGAUGUGGGUGUGACCGAGGCAAUUAAAAGAAUCUGGCACGCGGGCGCGAACGAUGCCACCAUUGGAAAGGCCGAUAUUUCGGGGCUUGGACACGAUGGAAAACUCAAACAUUUGAAAUAG